AUGACGACCACCGGUGAUUCUUUUCCUGCCGAAGAGCGUAACAAAGGCGUCGCUCCUGCGCAGGAUGAUGGCGACAGUGAUGACGAUGUAUUCCACGAUGCGCGAUUCCCCGCGGAGGAAGAAGCUCAACUCCUGAAAGAAUCCCAUGAAAUCAAAACAGAAGCGAACCAAUUAUUUAGUUCUGGCUCUUAUGACCAAGCUAUCUCCUGCUACGAUCGGGCUCUCGCCUCCUGUCCCAACUACCUGGAUUAUGACGUUGCCGUCCUUCGGUGUAACAUCUCCGCGUGCUACCUGAAAAUGGAAGACUGGAAAUCCGCGGUUGAGUCUGCCACCAUGUCCCUCGAUCGUCUCGAAAAGAUUGUCCCGUCCGAAUCGUCCACACCGGAACAGAGCGAAUCCAAAAGCUCGCACCCCACAACCAGCGGUACACAGGACAGCGAUGCAGUGGUUGAGAUAUCUGGGGAAGAUGAUGAUGCGGAGGAAAAAGAGCUGGAGCGCUUGAAGAAGUUAGAUGAGACCCGCACCAAUGUCCUGCGGAUUCGGGCCAAAGCUCUCAUGCGGCGCGCCAAAGCCAAAUCACAAACUGGCGGCUGGGCCAGCUUACAGGGUGCCGCAGAAGACUAUCAAAUCUUGGAUGGGAUGAACAACCUUCCACCUGAAGAUAGACGCAUUGUACAACGGGCUCUUCGUGACCUUCCAAGCCGCAUCAACGCUGCCAAAGAGAAGGAGAUGGGUGAGAUGAUGUCGAAGAUGAAGGACCUCGGGAAUGGCUUUUUGAAACCAUUUGGUCUAUCUACGGAUAAUUUCAAGUUCGUUCAGGACCCGAAGACAGGUGGAUACUCUAUGAACUUCGAGUCUUAA